AUGUCGCGCUACGCCGAAGCUCAGAAAGUCGGCAACCUUCGCGGUGCCGGCGAUGCGCGUCCUACCGCCCUUCAAGUUAUACAGGAUGAGGGCUUGACCGGCAAGCUUACUGACAAAGUCUUUCUGAUUACCGGCGUCUCCCCAGGCAUCGGUAUCGAGACUCUGCGAGCCCUUCACACCACUGGUGCACUUGUCUUUGACACUCGCUCUCUAAAGGUCACAAGGUCGUCGAAACACCAUCUUCCUCGCCAUGUGCGAUCCGGAGCAGCAGACUUUCUCCAGAAAUCAAACGACAAGGUAAACCUCCUUGUCGCUAACGCUGGCAUAAUGGCCACCCCAUACGAGAAAACCGUGGACGGCUUCGAGUCACAAUUCGGCACCAAUCACGUCGCACACUUCCUCCUCUUCCAGCUCCUUAAGCCCGCACUACUCGCCUUCGCAACCCCAGAGUACCUGUCUCGCGUCGUAAGCGUGACAUCAAGAGACCACUUCUUCGGCCCGCCACUGCUCGACGACUACAACUUCGAAACCACGCCCUACGGCCCCUAG